AUGUCUAACCCCUUCUCAAUAAACGGUGGUGCCUGUGUUGCCAUGGUCGGCAAGGACUGUGUCGCCAUCGCCUGCGAUCUCCGCCUCGGUCUCCAAGCCUUGACUGUUUCCAACAACUUCCCCAAGAUCUUCAACUAUGGCGACGUAUACCUCGGUCUGACUGGUCUCGCCACCGAUGUCCAGACUGUCAGUGAGCUGUUCCGUUACAAGGUCAACAUGUACCGCCUGCGCGAGGAGCGCCAGAUUUCACCUCAGACCAUGGCCAACUUGGUCUCAUCCUCCCUAUACGAGAAGCGUUUCGGCCCAUACUUCAUCAGUCCCGUCAUUGCCGGCAUCAACCACACUACUGGAAAGCCCUUCAUCUGUGGCUUCGACAGCAUCGGUUGUAUCGACUUUGCGAAGGACUUCAUCGUCAGUGGAACUGCCAGCGAUCAGCUCUUCGGUACUUGCGAAGGCUUGUGGGAACCCGAUCUUGGACCCGAGGACCUCUUCGAGACCAUCUCACAAGCUCUGCUCAACGCCGUCGACCGCGAUGCUCUCUCAGGUUGGGGAGCACACGUCUACAUCAUCGAGAAGGACAAGGUCACCAAGAGAUUGCUCAAGGGUAGACAGGAUUAG